GGGGCCCUGUGGAGGUUGUAGCCCUGGAUUUCUUAGAGAUGGAGGGUCAUGGUUAUGAACGGUUUGGAGACGGGGAGAGGGACACUUACCAAAUUGACUACCGGAGAAUUGUAGGGGACAUGGAGCCAGCACGACCUCGCAUCUCAAACAGAGAUGGGGAACAACCUCACCCCUACGGGGCCUAUGCCCACCCAGCGCCACAUGGACAUGGGCAUGAGACUGCAGCCCAGCGAUACAGCGCUACACGUAUCCAAGCUGGCUAUGAACCAGAGAGCAUGGCAGACUACUUGAUCAGCGGAGGCACAGGUUAUGUUCCUGAAGAUGGACUGACAGCACAACAACUCUUUGCUAUCGGCGAUGGGCUAACAUAUAAUGACUUCUUGAUCCUCCCUGGUUUCAUAGAUUUUACUUCUGAAGAGGUGGAUCUAACCUCUGCAUUGACAAGGAAGAUAACCCUGAAGACACCUCUUAUUUCAUCUCCCAUGGAUACAGUCACAGAGUCAUCCAUGGCCAUCGCCAUGGCAUUGAUGGGUGGGAUUGGAAUAAUUCAUCAUAACUGUACUGCUGAGUUCCAGGCCAACGAGGUGCGCAAAGUCAAGAAAUUUGAGCAGGGCUUUAUUACAGACCCAGUGGUGAUGAGUCCCCGACACACAGUUGGGGACGUGUUUGAGGCAAAGACACGCCAUGGUUUCUCUGGGAUCCCUGUUACAGAGACUGGCAAGAUGGGCAGCAAGCUGGUCGGCAUUGUCACUUCCAGAGACAUUGACUUUCUGUCUGAGAAGGACCAUGACAGACCCCUGGAGGAGGCAAUGACCAAAAGGGAAGAUUUAGUUGUUGCACCCGCUGGAGUCACACUAAAAGAGGCGAAUGAUAUACUGCAACGUAGCAAAAAAGGUAAGCUGCCCAUAGUCAAUGACAGUGAUGAGCUGGUUGCCAUCAUUGCUAGGACUGACUUGAAGAAGAACAGAGAUUAUCCUCUGGCUUCCAAAGACUCCCGCAAACAACUGCUGUGUGGUGCUGCUAUCGGUACGAGGGAGGACGACAAGUACAGACUGGAGCUCCUCAUGCAGGCUGGGGUGGAUGUUGUAGUCCUGGAUUCCUCCCAAGGAAACUCAGUGUAUCAAAUCAACAUGAUAAACUACAUCAAACAGAAAUAUAAUGAUCUGCAGGUAGUUGGAGGAAAUGUGGUGACAGCUGCUCAGGCCAAAAACCUCAUAGAUGCCGGUGUGGAUGCCCUGAGGGUGGGCAUGGGGUGUGGCUCUAUCUGUAUCACCCAGGAAGUGAUGGCAUGUGGACGGCCCCAAGGUACAUCGGUGUACAAGGUUGCAGAGUAUGCCCGACGUUUUGGAGUGCCAGUAAUUGCUGAUGGAGGCAUUCAGACUGUUGGACAUGUGGUGAAGGCUCUGGCCCUGGGAGCAUCUACAGUGAUGAUGGGGUCGUUGCUCGCGGCAACCACUGAAGCUCCAGGAGAAUAUUUCUUUUCAGAUGGUGUCCGUCUGAAAAAGUACAGAGGAAUGGGCUCCUUGGAUGCCAUGGAAAAAAAUAACAGUCAGAAACGCUACUUUAGCGAGGGAGAUAAGGUGAAGGUGGCUCAAGGUGUCUCAGGUUCAGUAACAGAUAAAGGCUCCAUCCAUAAGUUUGUCCCAUACCUCAUUGCUGGUAUCCAACAUGGCUGUCAGGACAUAGGAGCCAAGAGUUUGUCCAUUUUACGGUCGAUGAUGUACUCUGGAGAGCUGAAGUUUGAGAAGAGAACCAUGUCUGCUCAGAUGGAGGGAGGAGUCCACGGCCUCCACUCUUACGAGAAACGACUUUACUGAGGCUGGAGGAAGAGGAAACACUCGAACAGG